GAAAAAUAUUCACUUGGAAUUGAUGCAUUACCUUCCCAAACUCAAGAUUUGAUUGCAAAGAAAGGCGCUGAUUUCAAUUUGUUGCUUGUUGGUGAAUCAGGUUUAGGUAAAACAACUUUUGUUAAUACUCUUUUUGGAACCUCAAUUUUACCAAGUGUUUGGCAUAAUGUUGAAAAAGUUGAACCAACAAUCAAGUUUGAAAGAACAACAAACAUCGUUCAUCACACUGCUCAUUUAACUGAAGAUAACUUUGCCUUAGAUUUCACUGUUAUUGAUACCCCAGGUUUUGGCGAUUUCACUGAUAACACUUUUGGUUAUGUUCCAAUCACAAAUUAUAUUGAUGAACAGUUGAGAUUAUACAUGUUUCAAGAAGAACAACCAGAUCGUUCAAAAUUAAAAGAUAACAGAGUUCAUGCCUGCCUUUAUUUCAUCAAACCAACUAGUAAAGGAUUAUCUCCAUUAGAUGUUGAAUGCUUGAAACAUAUUUCAAGCAGAGUCAAUUUGAUUCCAGUGAUUUCAAAAGCUGACACAUUAACAACCAUUGAGUUGAAAGAAGUCAAAAAAGCUGUUAGAGAAAUUGUUGAAGCUCAAGAUAUCAAAAUAUGUGAGUUUAUUGAGGAUGAGGAUGUUAAAAAGACAAUUUUGAAACAGUUUCCCUUUUCAGUUAUUGGCUCUGAAUCAUUUGUAAUUAAUGAUGAAGAUGGUUCUUCAAUUAGAGGACGUAAAUAUAAAUGGGGAAUCGCUCAAGUGGAAAAUGAAAAACAUUGUGAUUUCAUUAAAUUGAGAGAUGUUUUAAUGGCUAAAAAUAUGGUUGAUUUAAUCUCAAGCACUGAAUCUUAUUAUGAAAGUUGUCGUGAAAAAUUAACAAGAACAAGAAUCAAGGAAGCCAAAGAUAAAUUGAGUGAUGAUGAAUCUAUCAAGUAUUUGAAUUAUGAUGAUCCUGAUAAAAAUGGAUUGGAAAACAAUAAAAUUUUGGCUAAAUGUAACAAACUUUUUGUUGAUGAAUUAGUUAUUGAAUGGAGUCCAAGUUUUAUUCAAAAACAAUUAGCUCAAAAGAAACUUUUCAGUGAUAUUGUCUCACAAGAGGAGAAAAAGUUCAAACAAUGGAAAAAGGCAUUAUUUCAAAAACAAGCUGCUUUUAAUCAAGAAAUUGAAGAGCUUCAUGGUGAGAUUAAAGAUUUAAACAUGACCAUUGAACUGUUG